CUCUUCUCCCCAUCCGAUCUCUACGUUUCUAUCGACGCCCCUGUCAAUGGCCGGUUAUGGGUUUCAUACGCGAUCGUUGUUUUUCUUCGUUAUAAAGGAUCUUCCUCUGUUUAUUCGAUAAAAUUGUGAAUUUUCUACUCCGCGAUUGCUCCGAUUCUAGGGCUUGUCUCAGCUGAAAGAAUUCAAUUGAUUAAAUCCAAAGGUGGGUGUUUACUUUUGCAGUCUCCUCUUUUUCUUCCUCUUUAUCAGGGGAAAUGGAAAUUUGAACGAAUACUGAAGAUUCUGUUGGAAAUCAAUCCGAGCAAUUGACCUCUCCAAACUUACAGGAAUGAAUCAAUUGCUCUGCAAAUGUUCAGUGCGAGCAGCCGAUUAUUGCUAAUUAAAUGGAAAAUUCCCUUCAUUGAUGUAUCCCUAGUGGCUACUACGGAUUUGCUUGUCAUUGCAGUGUUUUUAACGACCUUUGUGUGUAUUGACUUAGACUUGUAUCUGCCCCUCCAAUUUGGAUGAGAUCGGUGACCUGUGUAUUGACUUUAUAAGCGCCGGAAGUAAUUUGUGUCUUACAUUCCUCAUUUUUCUUUUCUUUUCUUUUUUUUCAUCGGAGGAAACGUUUAACUGUCUCCAAACUUAGUCUUGAUUUUCUGAUUUCCUGUAUAUAUUGUUCUGUUCUUGGGUGGCAUUCUUUUUAGUGAUAUAGGUGACCUCUGAUGUAGGACAAUUGCAUGCUUUAAUCUUGUUGAACUUUGAACAAGAAAAAGGAAUAAAAGGUAUGCAACAACAGAAACCAAACUGCUAAUAUUGAUAAUAUUAUAACUCCAAUGUAGCACAAAAAUAUUAUGGAAAGGGGAAAAUUACUCUUUAGUAAAGGAAUACGGUCCAUGGUCUCAAUACACCUUUUACUAAGCAUGGAUUAAAGUGUUGAGUUGUGCAUGUAAACACAGGCCUAUUUUGGUACCGUGACUUACAACGAUGGUAAAUUUUUGACAAGAGGUCUGCAACGUCGUCCACUGGUAUGGCCUCAAGUGUGAAGAAAUAGACAGACUAGGAGAGAAGGGAUCAUGCGCUCAGGAGUCAAGCUGUUGUCUGGUCUCUGGAAACCUAAACUAAUUUGAGCGCAACACGUUGAAAAUAUGGCACCUGCAAGCAAGGCUGAUAAGAAGGCAGCAUUAGAUGCAGCGGCUUGGAUGUUCAAUGUUGUAUCAUCAGUUGGAAUUAUUAUUGUUAAUAAAGCCCUAAUGGCUACUUAUGGAUUCAGUUUUGCUACAACCUUAACGGGUCUUCAUUUUGCUACAACUACACUCAUGACACUUCUAUUUAGGUGGCUAGGAUAUAUUCAACCAUCUAGCCUGCCCUUAUCUGAACUUCUAAGAUUUGUUCUUUUUGCAAACUUGUCAAUUGUUGGCAUGAAUGUUAGUUUGAUGUGGAAUUCCGUCGGAUUUUAUCAGAUUGCGAAAUUGUGCAUAAUCCCAGUAUUAUGUCUUCUGGAAGUUGUGUUUGAUAAAAUUCGUUACUCUAGGGCUACAAAGCUCAGCAUAUUGGUGGUUCUUAUAGGUGUUGCCAUCUGUACGAUUACUGAUGUCAGUGUGAAUGGUAGAGGGAUGAUUGCUGCUACUAUAGCAGUUUGGAGUACUGCUUUACAACAAUAUUAUGUGCAUUUCCUUCAAAGGAAAUAUUCGCUCGGAUCUUUCAAUCUCCUGGGCCAUACUGCUCCAGCUCAAGCAGCAUCCUUGUUGUUAUUGGGGCCUUUUCUGGAUUAUUGGUUGACAGGAAAAAGGGUGGAUACAUUUGGUUAUAGUGUAACCACAGUUUUUUUCAUUAUCCUGUCAUGCACUAUUGCUAUCGGAACCAACCUCAGCCAAUUCAUUUGCAUAGGAAGGUUUACAGCAGUGUCAUUCCAAGUUCUUGGGCACAUGAAAACCAUCCUUGUCUUAAUUUUGGGAUUCUUCUUCUUUGGAAAAGAAGGCCUCAAUUUGCACGUAGUUUUUGGAAUGAUCUUAGCAGUUGUAGGUAUGAUCUGGUAUGGGAAUGCUUCGUCAAAACCAGGGGGAAAAGAGCGCCGAAGUUAUGCACUGCCCACUGACAGAUCACCAAAGCAUGGAUUGCUCUCAGAAACAGGAGGAAGGCACGACGACAAGAAUUAGCGUACAACCUUGAAUUCUUAGUUCAUCCAAUAUUCCUCCAACUGAAUGCAACACUAAAAGAGCAUUCUUUUCUUUAGUAAAAUUAUGUUUUGGCAUUUCUUAUUCUAGGUCUCCUUACUAAUUUAAUAUUCUGGAUGCAUUUACAAGUAUGGAUAUUUCUAGUGAGGGUUACAUUUUUUGUGA